AUGACUUCGCGCGGAGCCUCGGUCCAGGCGGGACCUCCCCGGCCCCCCGGAGGCGAGGGUGGGCUCCAGGGCCCGAGCUCGGUACCGGCCCGCCCCGCCCCGCCCCGGUUCCCCCGACGAAAGCCCGGGUCCUCCGCCUCCGAGCCCCGCCCCCUGAGCCGCGCCCCCUGCCCAGGCCCGAAGCAGGAGUCCCACAGUGCAGGCGCUCAAGUUAUGCAGCUGCAGCGCCUCGUCCGGGCGGCACCUGCGGUUGGCCGGGGGAGACGGGAGCGUCCGGCGCCUCCCAUUCAGGCGGAGGUGACGGCGGCGGCGGCCCCCGGCAGCCCCGAGGAGGGCUGCGGGGACCCGGACCCCAGAAGCGAGGAGGACCCGGAGAAGGCCGGGGGCGGCCAGGCCCCCGUGCGCUUUGGCUGGGUCAUGGGAGUCAUGGUGCGCUGCAUGCUCAACAUCUGGGGCGUCAUUCUCUACCUGCGGCUGCCUUGGAUCACCGCCCAGGCGGGCAUAGGACUCACGUGGGCCAUCGUCCUGCUCUCUGCCGUGGUCACCACCAUUACCGGCCUGUCCAUCUCGGCCAUUUCCACAAACGGCAAGGUCAAAGCCGGGGGGACCUAUUUCUUGAUCUCCCGCAGCCUUGGGCCCGAGCUAGGCGGCUCCAUCGGGCUCAUCUUCGCCUUCGCCAACGCCGUGGCCGUGGCCAUGCACACAGUGGGCUUCUCGGAGACGCUGUGCGAGCUGCUCCGGGAGUACGGGGUGCAGCUGCAGCAGAUGGAGCCCCAGAACGAGCUGCGGGUCGUGGGCGUCGUGACUGUGACCGUCCUGCUGGGCGUGGCCAUGGCCGGCAUGGAGUGGGAAUCCAAGGCCCAGAUCGUCUUCUUCUGCCUCAUCCUCGUCUCCUUUCUCAACUUCUUGGUGGGGACGCUGCUCCCCGCGAACCCCACCCGCCAGGCUAUGGGCUUCUUCGGCUACCGGGGGAACAUCUUCCUGGAGAACCUGAGCCCGCAGUGGCGAGGCUCUGAAGGCACUUUCUUCACCAUGUUCUCCAUCUUCUUCCCCUCGGCCACCGGGGUCCUGGCCGGAGCCAACAUUUCCGGGGAUCUCAAGGACCCUGCCACGGCCAUCCCCAAGGGGACUCUGCUCGCCAUCUUCUGGACCACCCUGUCUUACCUGGUCGUUUCCGCCACCAUCGGUUCCUGCGUGGUCCGCGAUGCGUCGGGGAACCGGACGGACAUGGGUGUCGGCAACUGGAGCUGCUCGGGUCCCGAAUGCCCCUACGGCUGGGACUUCAGCGCUUGCCGGGAGCGAGGGGCCUGCGCUUUCGGCCUGGCCAACCACUACCAGACCAUGAGCCUGGUGUCCGCCUUCAGCCCGCUGCUGUUCGCCGGCAUCUUCAGCGCCUCGCUGUCCUCUGCGCUGUCCUGCUUCGUGUCCGCCCCUAAGGUUUUCCAGUGCCUGUGCCAGGACAAGCUGUAUCCACUCAUCGGCUUCUUCGGCAAAGGCUACGGCCGGAACCAGGAGCCCCUGCGCGGGUACCUGCUCACCUUCCUCAUCGCCAUCGGCUUCAUCCUCAUCGCGGAGCUCAACUCCAUCGCCCCGAUCAUUUCCAACUUCUUCCUCUGCUCCUACGCGCUCGUCAACUUCAGCUGCUUCCACGCGUCGCUCACCCACUCUCCCGGCUGGCGCCCGUCGUUCCGCUGGUUCAGCCCGUGGCUGUCCCUGGCCGGCUCGCUCCUGUGUCUCCUCAUCAUGUUCCUGCUCACCUGGUGGGCGGCCCUGGCCGCGGUGCUGCUCGUGCUGCUCUUGCUGCUCUACAGCUCCUACCGGAAGCCCGACGUCAACUGGGGCUCCUCCGUCCAGGCCAGCUCCUAUCACAUGGCGCUGUCCUAUUCGGUCAGUCUGACCAGCGUCCAGGACCACGUCAAGAACUUCCGACCCCAGUGUCUGGUGUUGACCGGGCCGCCCGUCCAGCGCCCCGCCCUGGUGGACUUUGUGGGGGCUUUCACCAAACACAUCAGCCUCAUGAUCUGUGGAAACGUGACCGCGGAGCCCCAGGGCGUGCGGGACUCCGAGGACCACGUCAAGUGGCUCAACAGUCGCAAGAUCCGCUCCUUCUACACGGUCAUCUCCGCCCCGACACUUCGCGCCGGCGCCCAGAGCCUCAUGCAGGUGUCCGGCUUGGGCCGGCUGAAGCCCAACGUGCUGGUCCUGGGCUACAAGCACGAUUGGCAGGAGGAGCCGUCGGUGGCCGUGGAGGAGUAUGUGGGCGUGAUCCAUGACGCCCUGGACUCCAACUACGGCGUGUGCGUGCUGAGGAUGCCGGGGGGCCUGAGCCGCGCCCUGAGACCCCGCGCCCACGUGAACCCGCUUUUCUUGGACUCGGACCGCGCUGUGAGCCGGGAGCGAGGGGAGGGGGGCCCGGAGCGCAGGACAGUGCCCCCCGACCAGCAGCCUCGCACUCCGUUCCAGUUCAAGCAGGGUCGUCGGACAGUGGACGUCUAUUGGCUGAGCGAUGACGGGGGGCUGACCGUCCUCAUCCCCUACUUGCUGACACGGCGGAACAAGUGGGCCCGCUGCCCCGUGCGGGUGUUUGUGAGCAGCACCCCCGGUCAGUUGGAGGAAAAACGCAACGAGAUCCGCUCCCUCCUGACCAGGUUCCGCCUCGGCUUCCAGGAUGUGGCGGUACUGCCCGACCUCAGUGGGAGGCCCCAGGAGAAGAGCCAGAAAGCCUUUGAAGACCUGGUUGCCCCACACCGCUGCCAAGAGCCACCUGAAGAUCCUCCCCCUCCACCCCCUGCCGGGAGCAUCUCGGACCAGGAGCUGCAGUUCAACCAGAGGAAGUCGGAGCGCCAGAUGAGGCUCCAUGAGGUCCUGCAGCAGCACUCGGGGGAAGCAGCCCUCAUCGUGCUGAGCCUGCCUGUGGCCCCACGCACUGCCUGCCCGGGAGCCCUAUACAUGGCCUGGCUGGAGAUGCUGUCCCGGGGCCUCGCCCCCCCUGUGGCCUUUAUCCGAGGGAACCAGCAGGACACACUGACCCUCUACUGCCAGUGAAGGUCUCACGGACUCCAUGACUGUCCACUGCCAGUGACGGCCCCGCAGACGCCGUGACUCUCCACUGCCAGUGACUGUCCUGCAAACACCCUGACUCUCCACCACCAGCAACUGUACUGCAGUUGUUGUACGCUGUGAUUCUCAAGCAGCGUGGCUCAGUGGCAAGAGCCCAGGCUUGGGAGUCAGAGGUCGUGGGUUCUAA